AUGCUGGCUGACCUGCUGUCCCCUCGCAGGACCAAGGCCCUGGCUGAAUGCCUGACCCAGUCUUUCUUUUACUUCUCCCUGGGCUCCACCGACUUCCUGCUCCUCACAGUCAUGGCCUUCGAUCGAUCCAUGGCUAUCUGCUGCCCUCUACACUACCCGACCAUCAUGAACAGGCCUGUCUGUGUGAAGCUGGUGGUGGUCUGCAGGGUGGUGGGGUUCCUCUCCAUUAUCUCCCCGACCCUACAGAAAACCCAGCUCUGGUUCUGCGUCCCCAGCGUCACUGACCACCACAUCUGCGACUCUGCCCCGCUGCUCAAGCGGUCUUGCUCCGACACCCAGCACACCAGGCUCAUGGACUUCUUCCUGUCCUUGUUUCAGAGACCAGACAAGGGCCCCUCUGCACAGCUCAACAAGGUGGUGGCCCUGAUGACUGCCCUGGUGACGCCGUUCCUCAACCCCUUCAUCUUCACCUUCCGGAAUGAGAAGGUCCAAAAGGACCCCAUCCGGGACGGCUCCUGGGACCCCCGUCUGGGACAGCUCCUGCAGCAGAAGCACCACUCACACCUGGGCUGCCCACUGCUCCCUCCUGACCCCCAGACCUCUUGA